AUGGCGGACCCACAUGCGGGAGGGCCCGAGAGCCCUCCCACAAACACUCAAGAAAGCACCGACGGCUUCACGGAAGACCUCGCAACCAGAACCACCGUCGAGAACCGGAAGCGAACCCGGAUGUCGCGGCCGUUAAGAUCUGGACAGCCGACUCCCAAACGCUGGUAUUUUCGGUCUACGUACCUCCAGUACCACUUUUCACGGGCAACGACUCGUCAGCAUUACCAGCCCUCACGGGCGAUACAAAACUCUAUCACAAGCGCCACACAAAAUGAGCAGCGCGCGACGAGUAUUAUUGUUUCCGGUGAUUUCAACCGACACCAUCCAAUGUGGGGCAACAACUAUAUCGCUCCUAGAUUCAUUGAAGACGCCAGCGACCUGAUCGAUUUCUUCCAAGCCCACAACCUCCACGGUUGUCUCCCUCGAGGGACGGCGACUUACUGGGCAUUCAACAACCCUGGACAGAACUCGACCAUUGACCAGACGGUGACAGAUAACCUGGACUUGCUCAUCAAAUGCCAUCUGUAUCACGAAAACUACGGAUCCGACCACCGUGCCACCUAUUCAGAAUGGAACCUUCAACCCCGGAGCAGGCCAAACACCAAAGCAAGGAAGGCGUAUGAGCGCGCGGACUGGACCAGGAUCGGCGAAGAAGUAGCCCGACAGAUGAACCCAUGGAAGCAGAUCAAGACCCGGCCAACACUCGACCGGGUAGUGGAAAACCUUACAGCGGCAACGGCCCAGGCGGUCGACCGGUUCACACCAGACACACGCCCCACACCAUACUCCAAGCGAUGGUUCACGCCAGAUCUUAAGACCCAACAAGUCGAAGUCAACCAACUGCGAAGGAGGUGGCAGGCAAACUGCGCCGAGCUGGGAAGAGAGCAUGCUAACACCACAGCUGCCUUCGAAGCUAUGGAGCAGAAACGACGAGCGUGGACGAGGACCAUCGAAAAAGCCAAGUCCUCACACUGGAAGCAGUUCCUGGACGAAGCUGAUGAAGGGAAGCUCUGGAAGGCUGCGACGUACAUGAAGCCCCGAGAGACAUGGGAUUGCGUCCUAGCACUGCGAGUGGGCUCGGAGGAGUGCACCCAAAACGAAGAGAAAGCGAGGACAUUCCUGGAUGCGUUCUUCCCCGCCAUGAGUCCACCCGAGUUCAACCCACCUACCACACCGGCGACGGAACUCCCGUGGCACCCAAUCACAGAAUCGAAGAUUGAGCGAUCACUGAAAGCAGCCAAAGGGAAUACAGCGCCCGGGGAAGAUACCUUACCGAUGCUGGUUUGGAAGAAGCUUUGGGGGCAUCUCAAGGCCUUUAUUGUUAGCAUCUUCACAGCGAGUGUAGAGCUAGGGCACCAUCCGAGACAGUGGAGGAGUGCAAAAAUCAUCGUCCUACGAAAACCAGGCAAGCUUGAUUACUCAAAACCUGGUGCCUACCGCUCAAUCUCACCUCUUAACACGCUUGGCAAGCUCCUGGAGGCAGUGAUGGCCCGACGGUUGUCCUAUCUGGCGGAGAAACACGGCCUGCUACCAAACAGCGAGUUCGGCGGACGGCCGGGUAGGACCACCGAGCAAGCCCUACUAGCGCUGUCCAGUGCGAUCGACAAAGCCUGGUACAAGCACAAGGUGGUGACCCUAAUCGCCUUCGACCUCAAAGGUGCCUUCAACGGAGUGAAUAAGACAAGCCUGGAUGCGUCGCUGCAGGCAAGACGGAUCCCGAUUGUGGCCAGAAAAUGGAUUGCAAGCUUCAUGAGCGACCGGCACGCCAGCAUUGGGUUUGACGACUUCCGCACCGAGACUGCUCUGCUGUUGAAUGCUGGGCUAGCUCAAGGAUCACCACUUUCCCCCAUCUUGUUUGCAUUCUUUAACGCCGACCUGGUCGACCAGCCCGUCGACUCCCAGGGAGGUGCAUCGGCAUUCAUUGACGACUACUUCCGAUGGAGAGUGGGGGGCUCGGUUCAAGAAAAUUUAACCAAGAUACAGUCUGAGGAUGUCCCUCAUAUCGAAAAGUGGGCAACUGGAUCCUGCUUCGCGGCGGAGAAAACCGAGCUUAUCCACCUCACCAGAAAGAGGGGAGAGCAUAUGGAAGGACGAAUCAUCUUCGAUGGGACCGACGUCAAGCCAUCGCCUACAGCCAAAUUACUAGGGGUGGUGUUCGACCAGGGACUUCGCUGGAAGGAACAUGUCCAGCAGGCUAUCAAGCGCGCCACCAAGACCACAAUCGCCUUAAGUGGACUACGACACUUGCGCCCAGAGCAGAUGCGACAGCUCUGCCAAGCAUGUGUCGCGCCUAUAGUUGACUACGCAUCGACGGUCUGGCACGACCCGCUUAGGGACAAAGUUCACAUCCGACACUUGAACACAGUCCAGAGAACCGUGCUGAUCAGAAUCCUGUCGGCGUUCAGGACGGUAGCAACCGCGACCCUAGAGGUUGAAGCCUAUAUACUUCCCACGCACCUUCGCCUUCGACACCGAGCGCAGCGCACGAUUGCGAGACUGCACACUCUACCUCGCGACCAUCCCAUUUGGAGUGCUCUGUCAAGAGUCCAGAACCGUAGGAACAAUGUCGGAUCAUACGCCCGCUUCCCAUUAGCAGAAUUACCCGUGGCGUUCCUGGGAACAUUCAUUCGGUUCCUAGGAGCUUGUAUCAGGCUCCGGGGGACUCGGUGGUUCCUGGGAGAGACAAUGUCGUCUAGGGAUUUCUAG